AUGAAACAGUUUAUCAUAUCAGUCCUUCUUGGAACUGCUGUGCUUUUCGUCGCUAUUGGCGGUAAGUUUCCGCAAGUGUUUCCGCGUUUUUACAGACAUUAAUACAAAAAACUCUUUGACGUGUGUUUAAUGAAUUUGUUUUCCAUCCACAAUAUCAAUAACUCACGACUUAAAGCCGCACGAUACCUGAAAAUAUAACAUUUAGGACUUCCACAAUUUUAUUAAUAUGACUGCAAUGUCACCAGGAAAGGCAAUUUCAAAUUGCAUGGUCUAUACCAGGGGCCAGUUGUAUAGAAAACCCUUUAGUACUUUUAACCACAAUACUACGAUGCUGUACCGCGUCGUAGGCCAAAUGGUCCGUCAUUGACUCACCGAAACACCUAGGUUUUCCCACCUUACCUGACAAUAAGAGGAGUAUCACACAUUCACGAAAGCAUUCUUUUGCACCUUUUAAUUCUCAAAACUUCCUGUUCCUCUUUCAUACUCUAUUUCCUGCUCCUACUCUCAUUUCCUUGUUUGCUAAUAUAUAUCUUUUAAAAAAGUCACUUAAUUUUGUUAUAAUCCUUGUCAUUGUUACAGUUAAGACGAAACGUCACUGUCAAUAAAACGUUUAUACAUAUUUGUGUGUAUGGUUGUAUUUAAAGUCUCAUGUCGACCUCUCAUUUUCUUCAUAAGAAAACUAUAUCUAAACUAACUUCUUGCACAAAAAGCCCCUGGUGUUUUAUUGGAGAAACUCGCAUACCAAGUUGAAACUAUUCUGCUGUGCGAAUAAAUAUAUUACCUUAACAAUAUAAUUACAUAUUCGGGAGAAAGCGUGAGGAAAACCAAAUGCCUAUUACUACUUAUUAAAUAAAUGAAUUUGACAUGACUAUAACUUAUAGAAUUAACUUAUUAGUGAGAUCAUAAUACCAAACGUCGAAUCCGUUACGGUUUGCGAAUUCAUUAGUUCUAUUAGAAACAUUCAAUAAGGAAUUAUCAAUGAGUAAAAUUGGCACAUAAACAAAUUCGCCGCAAUCACUGAUCAUAAUCAAAGAAUUUCAAAACCAUACAAAAUGACCACAUACAUUGCACAUUUAAAGUUCACCGGUGCUUAAUUUGCAGCCACGUUCAACAAAGACCAAUUUCAGAGCAUGUCAAUUAUAUAGAUAACUUAUGGAAUGAUUUGGAAAACAACACCGACAAUAACAUUUCAAACUUUAUUGCAAGUUGCAGCCGUUUUGUUGUUCUUGUUUAAAAAUAUAUUAUUUGGCGUCAGUUUAAUUGAUACGAAUUACAUAAAAUAUGGUACACUUCAGCACAGAGCGUAACAGAAUAACCAGUGGUGUCAAGUAACGAAGUAAAUGUACUUCGUUACUGUACUUGAGUACUUUUUUUGAGAAGUCAGCAUGUAACAAAGUAAACUUUUUCUGCAGUACUUUUACUUGGAACGAAAUCAUUUUAAGAAGUAACGUUUUACUUCGUUAUUUUUACUUCGUAAGUAUUUCGUUACUUUCUAACUUUUGUUUAAUUUUACGUGACUUAUUCCGGAUUUAUUUGCGUCUGGGAUCUCUCGUUUGUGACAUACUUAUAAGCGUUAUUUAUUUAAUGGAUUUGUUAUAUCUUCAACGGGGUCUGGAAAGUCGACCAUGCCCGUCAAAUAUUGUAUUAUAUGGUGCGCGCAUAUAAUGCGUGUGCUGUUUUGUGUCUUUUGUAUGUCAAUCCAUGGGAGAAGUCCCUCUCCCCUCUACACGCUAAAGACAAUAGUACUUUUACUUUUUACUUCAAGUAUUUUUUAAGGAUACUUUGUACUUUGUACUUUUUACUUAAGUACGUUUUGCCUCCAGUACUUUUUACUCUUACUCAAGUCGUUUUGUUGUUAAUUACUUCUACUUUUACUCGAGUACAAAUUCAAAGUAAUUUAGGCACCACUGAGAAUAACAGGCGAUGUUUAUAAAUAUUAAAAUAAAGUGUUUAUGUCGUAUACCUGAACGCUCAUAAAGUUUUCUCAUUAAUUUCAGCGAAAUUAUUGGUGGGAAUCAUUUGGCAUAUAAUGCUUCACGACCCCCUGCGAAGUUGACUAAGUUAGCCAAAAUAGCGUAAAAGCACGCAUAACAGAAGAAGUUUAAUACUGCAUUAAUGACUAACUACGCUAGCUUUUAGUAAAACACGUUGUUGAUUUUGAGAUAUGAAAAUGGCUAGCUAUGAUCUUCAACAUUUUUUCUGUACUUUAUAUGCAUGACUUCAAAUGAUUGACAUAAAUGCAGUACAAAAUGCUCGCACAUAUUUGAUCUAAUAGAAACUUCUCCGCGAAACAUGGCUAUAGCUGAAGUAUUCACGAGUGACUCGCAUGUUUUGGGUGCCUCACUGCCUCACACUUAAAAGUGAUUAUGGGAUUAAAAGAUCUUUGUACACUUUGACAUUGUAGUGAAGAUUGCGCUGUAAUUGUAUAGCAGCUGUAUCCGAAACACACCUGAUGUGUGAUUUCUUCUCGAAAAACAGCUGUGUUUAACUGCUGAAAAGUUCGUAGGCCCAAGAUAAUCACUGCACCAAUUCCAGCUGAUGUAUCUGAUGUGCAUGUCUGAUGAUCAAUUUGACAUAAAUUUGAAAUAUCACUGGUGAAUAUUACGUUUCUGAAUGGAACUUCUGCUCGGAGUUUCUUUCCUAUAUUAUUUGGUAUAAUAUUACCUCCUUAAACACAUUUGGACGUGAAAUACAAAGAACACAAAGAAACUGCAAAUGUGACACUUACAGAGAAUUUCGUCAACCUCGUCCCCUGGUGAUUUGAUUUGCUGCGUUUUUUCGUGAGAAAUGGUCUGAGUUGGAGCCUGGCGACGAGGCUGGAAUUUCGUUGUAAACUUGUAGCAAUUUGAAACACUUUGGGUUACCGACCUGGUCCCCAGUGCUUUUUGCUUGCACCAUGAAAUGUUUGUAAGAAAAAUCAAAUUAACAAUGCACACUAAAAUGCUUACUUUCGUACUACAUCUAUAAAUAUCAAUACAACAAGGCAACAAAGUAUUUGAUUUAACAAACUAGGUUAACUGGCCACAGGUCUACAGUGGCAAAUCAAUACUUGUUCGUAUGUUGGGUCCUGGGCUUGACUCCGGAAAACGAAAUACCAGAUAUCCAAUUUUAUCCGUAACACUGAAUUGGCGCGGGCGUCAUUUGUUACAAUUAUAAAUAAAGUAGUAGAAUUUGUCGAAAAUUUGAUACUUUUUACAUUUACAUCAAAUGAAAAAUAUUCAUUUUCUUGUGAUAUAAGUUAUAGUUUUUAUAUUGCAAGCAAAUGGAGUGGAAACCUCGCAAGAAGGCUAAUACAGUAUUAGUGAGCUUAAGCAAGUGACGUUUUUGACAACACGAACGGCAUGAGUUACGUCAGAAGACUGGGUCAAGGGCUGUGAUUGGUGAAAAACGUCAACUUUACUUCCGGUCGACGUCCGUGUUGUCAAAAACGUCACUUGCUUAAGCUCACUAAUGAGUCAUCAGUAAUGACUGACUAACGGAGGUUUAAUAGAGGACGAAUGUUGUAUUCUUACGUUUUUCGAUUUAGAAUGCUCUAAAAUAUAUAGAAUGUUACAUGGAUAAGAGAUCGGCCAAAUCAUAAAAAAAUCUUAAAUAACAAUAAUUGUUGUUUCUUGAUACACUAAGCUAAACUACAACGCACACACGUUAAAGUUAAAUUAAAAUCCUUAUAGCAGUAGCCUAACAUUCCUUUCAAACGCCCAACAAGCCGUGGUGGCUACGCCAAAAACAUGUAAAAACGCUUCAACUCUCCACUUUGUCAAUAUCCUUUCUCGUCCUUGCACAUCUCUGUUUUUUCUAAGGCGCUUAAUUGAAUUAAAAUAUAAUAAGCUUUCUUACUACAGUUGGUACAACAACGUCCACGACCGAGAUUGAUACUACAGUUGGUAUAACACCGUCCACAACAGAGAUUGAUACUACAGCUGGUAUAACACCGUCCACAACAAUAAUUAAUACUACAGCUGGUAUAACACCGUUCACAACAGAGAAUAGCACCAGAGUUGGUAUAACACCGUCCACAACAAUGAUUAAUACUACAGCUGGUAUAACACCGUCCACAACAAUGAUUAAUACCACAGCUGGUAUAACACCGUCCACAAAAAUGAUUAAUACUACAGGUGGUCCAACACCGUCCACAACAGAGAUUAGUACUACAGGUGGUCCAACACCGUCCACAACAAAGAUUAGUACUACAGGUGGUCCAACACCGUCCACAACAGAGAUUAGUACUACAGGUGGUCCAACACCGUCCACAACAGAGAUUAGUACUACAGGUGGUCCAACACCGUCCACAACAGAGAUUAGUACUACAGGUGGUCCAACACCGUCCACAACAGAGAUUAGUACUACAGGUGGUCCAACACCGUCAACAACAGAGAUUAGUACUACAGGUGGUCCAACACCAUCCACAACAGAGAUUAGUACUACAGGUGGUCCAACACCGUCCACAACAGACAUUAGUACUACAGGUGGUCCAACACCGUCCACAACAGAGAUUAGUACUACAGGUGGUCCAACACCGUCCACGACAGAGAUUAGUACUACAGGUGGUCCAACACCGUCCACAACAGAGAUUAGUACUACAGCUAGUAUAACACCGUCCACAACAAAGAUUAGUACUACAGGUGGUACAACACCAUCCACAACAGGUACAUGUACUAUUGGUAUAUUUUUUAUUUUAUUUUUUAUCCAUAAUCUUUGA